UGACUAUUUAAGGUGAACUAGUAAAAGUCUUGAAUAUAUUCUCUCAGACACAAGCAGUGAGAGUUGAAGAUCGACUGUGACAAUGGAGACACAAAGGAUCCUCAUGAGGAGUUUGGCUGUUGUGUUUUUUGCAUCUGUGAUCUGGACUAUAACAGCCGAUGCUCAACAGAAGGUGAUCGAGGUACCAUGCUGUACUGACGUCUCCAGACUAACUCGAGAAGAGUUUACUGAGCCUAUCAUUGGUUUCAGGAUGCAAAAUCAUAGUCAUCCAUGUGUGAAGGCCAUCGUCUUUAAGACUGAACGAGGAGAGUCCUGCUUUGACUGGAGACUAUCAUGGGUACAGAAGGAAGUUAAGCAGAUUUUCAGAGCUCAAAGAAACAAACGCCUGACUUCCACGCCACCACCAGCAUCAUCUAUCAGUAAACGUCUGACUUCCACGCCACCACCAGCAUCAUCCAUCAGUAAACUCCUGACUUCCACGCCACCACCAGCAUCAUCCAUCAGUAAACUCCUGACUUCCACGCCACCACCAGCAUCAUCCAUCAGUAAACGCCUGACUUCCACGCCACCACCAGCAUCAUCCAUCAGUAAACUCCUGACUUCCACGCCACCACCAGCAUCAUCUAUCAGUAAACGUCUGACUUCCACGCCACCACCAGCAUCAUCCAUCAGUAAACUCCUGACUUCCACGCCACCACCAGCAUCAUCUAUCAGUAAACGUCUGACUUCCACGCCACCACCAGCAUCAUCCAUCAGUAAACUCCUGACUUCCACGCCACCACCAGCAUCAUCUAUCAGUAAACGCCUGACUUCCACGCCACCACCAGCAUCAUCUAUCAGUAAACGUCUGACUUCCACGCCACCACCAGCAUCAUCUAUCAGUAAACGCCUGACUUCCACGCCACCACCAGCAUCAUCUAUCAGUAAACGUCUGACUUCCACGCCACCACCAGCAUCAUCUAUCAGUAAACGUCUGACUUCCACGCCACCACCAGCAUCAUCCAUCAGUAAACGCCUGACUUCCACGCCACCACCAGCAUCAUCUAUCAGUAAACUCCUGACUUCCACGCCACCACCAGCAUCAUCUAUCAGUAAACUCUCUCCUGAGGAUCUUCACAAUCAACUCAUGACAGAUCAGGAAUGAUGAACAUCUAAAUGCAAACUCAUAAUGAGAACACAUCUUCAAGUAGUUGCUUGUUUUAAAAACAUUUCUUGUAAAAGGUAUGAGAUUAUGGUAUUGUAUUUUGAAAAUACUUAAAGUGACGGUUAAUAAAUUAGGUGUAUUUCAAUUGAAUAGUUAUGUAUGUUCUUUGAAUACAUAUAUUUGUGACAGUAAUUCAUAUAUAUUUUUUUAAGAAACUGAAUUAAAGUGUGAAACUGUUUUAGAACAAAUGUGUUUAAAUAAAUUAUUACCUUAUAUGUUUUAUUUCACAUUGAAAUUUAUAUUUCACUCAAUGUACUGGUGAUGGGCUGGUUGUGUCAAGAAGAGUGACGCAAGUGAAAUUAAGACUUAAGAUUUGUAUGAGAAACAACCUGGAAUAUUGUUUGUUGAUUAUGAAAAAUGAACAAGUGUAUUCUGAAACUAAAUAAACUAUG